AUGGAGGAAAACGAGGAGAAGGAGGAGCACGAGCAAGAUCUACAAGAAGGACCUGGAAAACUCUACGAACCGUACAUCAAAAAUGAAGACCUGGUCGAUAAAUUGAAAUUAUUGAACUACGAGGAGGGAUUCCUCAAAAUGAACUCGGCAUUCAAACCUAUUCAUAGAUAUUACUUUGUAAAUUCCACAAAUGUUGGUGAGCAGUUCUUCAUGUUUACAUCGUUGGCUGCUUGGCUCAUAAGGAAAGGAGGAAAUGAAACCUAUGAAAUGCCACAGGAGGUAAAUUUUUUAUUCUGCGGAAAUUUCGUAGAUUUGAAGUUUGAAGUCGUGUGUACAAGACUUGAUCAUUAG